AUGAGGGAGUGGAUGCUGGAAAGGUGGGAAGAAUGGUUGGAGGUUGCACUCUGCCGCAUACUACGACGUUUUGUCGUGUUCGUGAGUAUGACAGAAAAGACCGACAUCGUCGCUAAUUUUCAUCAGAUACACAAGACUUUUGUUGAGGAGACGGGUUCCUGGUAUACACUUAACGAUGCUUACCGAAUGUACAACGUGCUAAGGGAAAGGUUCAGGACAUUUCAGUGGUUGUUACGUCAGCCGAGUCAUUGGCCGCUUGCACUGUACGUUUUGAACGUACCUGACCCGAGGUGGGACGUUCUGAAAGCCAUAUUCGAACCAAUGGGGAUAAUGCAGGAGUAUCCAGGCGAAGAGAACCCGAAGACACCGCCAAACUUCCUAAAGUUGUCCGAACUAUUUGAGGAAUACAUGGCACAUCUGCAUGGAACUAUUAGUUACUAG